GCUUGCACUGUGUUCGCACACUAAGCGUUGGUCGUUGGUUCGCGGUUGACAUUUAAUAUUAUUAUUUAAUUGAUUAUUAGCCGUGUUUUUGUGUGUGAUAAACUCAGUUGGGGUGGAAAAUUAAUUAUUAAUAUUAGUUAGUCAACAGCAACAAUAAUAUUGUUUGAUGGCUAUAUAACGAAGAUUUUUUGCUAAACAAGUGUUUAUGAUUAAAUUCGAGUCGUUAGAAUUUUUUGUUUAUUGAUCUGAACAAAAUAUAAAGUGAGGGUGUGAAAAACGAUUGUUUGUGUUAUAUAUAUAAAAAUAUUAAAAUGAAGCUACUUCGUGAAAUUUCUAAUAUGUCAGUAUUGCAGUUUAUUAAUCUUAGCAGCCGAAUGAAGCAUUUUUUACACUGUGUUCUGUUUUUGAGUAUAAUAAUUUCUUUUCAAUGUUUUUCACAAAAUUAUAGAGUGCCUGCCUCUGUUCCAAAUGUUGAUCCAUGGAUACAAUAUGGGAUUAUCGGAGCAUGUAUUUUAUAUGCUUUAAGAUUUGUGACUUUACUUUCAUUACCUCAAGUGAUGUUUAAUGUAAUCGGAUUGACAUUUUAUAAUGCAUUUCCUGAGAAAGUUGCUCUGAAAGGAUCUCCUUUACUAGCACCAUUUAUAUGCAUACGUGUGGUUACCCGUGGGGAUUUCCCAGAACUUGUAAAAAAUAAUGUAAAUAGAAAUAUGAAUAAGUGUAUUGAUGCAGGCUUGGAGAACUUUAUGAUUGAAGUAGUAUCAGAUAAACCAAUAGGAAUAGAACCCCAUCGAAGGAUUAGAGAGCUUGUAGUACCAUUAGAUUAUCAGACAUCCACAGGAGCAUUAUUUAAAUCAAGGGCUCUUCAAUAUUGUCUUGAAGAAAAAGUGAAUAUUUUAAGUGACAGCGACUGGAUUGUUCAUUUGGACGAAGAAACUUUACUGACUGAAAAUUCAAUAAAAGGUAUUCUAAACUUUGUCAUGGAUGGUAAACAUCAAAUUGGUCAGGGCUUAAUAACGUAUGCCAACGAAGAAGUAGUCAAUUGGAUAACAACGUUGUCUGACAGUUUUCGCGUAUCCGACGAUAUGGGCAAAUUGAGAUUUCAAUUCGUCAUGUUUCACAAGCCUCUAUUCAGUUUUAAAGGAUCAUUUGUUGUGACACAGGUUGCUGCUGAGAAAGACGUAUCCUUUGACAAUGGUCGUGAUGGUUCAAUAGCUGAAGAUUGUUUUUUUGCUAUGAAGGCGAUGAGCAUGAACUACAGUUUUAACUUCAUUGAAGGCGAUAUGUGGGAAAAGUCACCAUUUACCUUGAUGGAUUUCAUACAGCAAAGGAAGCGUUGGCUGCAAGGAAUUUUAUUGGUAGUACAUUCCAAGGCAAUACCAAUUAAGUAUAAAAUAUUACUAGCGUUUUCUUGUUACAGUUGGGUCACAUUACCCCUAUCCCUAAGCAAUAUUUUACUCGCCGCAUGGUAUCCAAUACCUUGUCCGAUAGUUUUAGACUUCAUAGUCGUUUUUAUAGGAAGUGUAAACAUUUAUAUGUUUAUAUUUGGUGUAUUAAAGUCAUUUAACGUUUAUAGAUUUGGUUUAGCAAGGUUCUGUCUUUGUCUAAUAGGUGCAGUAGCGGUUAUGCCCUUUAACUUAAUUAUAGAGAAUAUAGCAGUAAUAUGGGGAUAUUUUGGUAAAAAACAUAAAUUUUAUGUUGUUAAUAAAAAUGUUAACACCUCCAUUACUGUAUAAGUGCUAACCUGAAGACAUGUUUUUUAAGUGUGGUUAUAUUUUGUUAUUUUUCUGUGAUAGUUUAGUAGAUAAUUGAUCUCAUUCUAUCAAUAAGUAAAACUGAAUUUGUUACUUUAAUGUCGAUUAAAUGAUAACUGUUCUUUUAAUAAUUUCCUAAGCUUAUAUAAGUCCAAAAACAUAAAAUUUAUUUAUGAAGAAUCUAAUAAAAUUUAGUACUUACUCCAAUCCAUUGAUUACAAAGGUAUUUAUACACAUCUCUUUAUCUGGUAAUAAAACGUUCAUAAGUUAACUAAAACUUAAUCGCAAUUUAUAAAUAUAUUGUUAUAUUUAUUCAUAAAUCCAUUGUUUGGGCAACAGCUCAGUUGGCUGAUUUCAAACGCUGAUUCCCGAUCGAUCACCGAAGUUAAGCGACGUUAGACGAUGUGGGCAUAUGGAAGGAUGAAAAACAUCUGAAAAAUCGAAUUUAGAGAGUAGAUUAUUUAAAGGGAGUUGAUUUAGCCACUCGUUAACGCGGGGUUCCAUUUUAUAGGCCACAUUACAUUAUUGAGAGAACCAAGGUUCAGAAUCGUAACUCAAUGAGGUUUCUUCUUAUGAGACCUUGUUAGGUUCUGUUAAUGAAGGGACCAAAAAUUAACAAAAUGGUUACUAAUCCUAAUUCCCUAUAUUAUUAAUAUCAAAUCUACAUACAUAUUUAAAUAAUCAACUGUGGAAUUCAAUCAGUUAUUAUCAAUAAUUAUUACGACCCCAUGCUUUUGUUAAAUUUAACAGAAUCAUUUUGCCUUAUUUCAAAGAUUCAUGAACUGAUUUUGGAAAUUGGUAGCGACUUUUACUGUUGAGACAUUUUUUUCUGCAAGACACCAAGUAAUUUAUUAAAUCUUUCUAUACUUCUUAUAGAAGAAUUUAUUUUAUUUUCUAAAACUUAAUAUCAAAUAUGUAUAUCCUAAUGAGUUCUUGAUUCUAAUGAAUCUUUUCGGAGUUGAUUGGGAAUAAAGGUCGGACAUAUUGGUGGACGCCAUGCUCGAGUGAGGAAUUUUCCGUAUUUAUUUUUUUAGAUUUACCAAUAUUUUGCUUUAAUCACUUAAGAUUAAAACAGUUAACAUUUAGUUUUAAUAAUUGUUCUUGAAUGUUUAAUAUUUAAGUGAAAUAAUUUAGUUAUCACGUUUGAUUCGGUAAGGAUAGAUGCUUUACCAGUUUAAGGUGCAAAGGCCAACAUUGUCUUACAGCUUUAUCUUAUUUAAAAAAUGCGGUUAAAGUUUUAAAAGAUACACGAUGCAAUAAUAAUAAGUUUUGUUCACGAAAUAAACAUUACUACUGAUAAAAAAGCUCUAUUUACAGAAAGCUGCAUAGGAUCGAGUAUCGUCGGUAAACGUCAUAUGGUAGGUUCAAACAGCGAGAUAAAAUGUUAUAAGAAAUUUGGUUAAGCGUAGUUGACACGGUCAAAGUGUACUUGGAUCAAAUACAUAUUUAUGGACGCUGCGUGCGUCUCAUUUGGCCACCCCACUGAACAACUCAAAAGCUACAAGUAUAUUUUCCACGAAAUUAACAUGUAAAAUGCGUGGGAAGAAGCAGCUCACAAUAGAACGCAAUGGAGAAGUUGGGUUAGCGACAACCAAAAUGUAAAGAGGCAACAAAGCAAUGAGAUUUUUAAAUGUCCGGAGUGCGGCAAAUAACAUCACGUAUCGGGCCUGAUAUCUUUGACGACCCAUGUGCCUGCAAUAAGAAAACAUGUUAGAUUGUAACAAGUUUUACAAAAAUUGUAACAAUCACUGUUAAUUGUUUAUAUAAUAUUUAUAGAUCUUCUCUUAGAUUCAUAGUUGAACAAAAAGUUGGAAAUAAACCGGAAAUUUAUUAUGGAAUUAAAAAAAAACUAUUUGAUGUCGUGAUGUGAUACCUGCGAUGGCGGUAAUUUACACACAUCCUCUUAUAUAGAAAGUGAGGUUAGGUGACAAAAUAUUGAAACUGAAGACAGUCACAGAAAAUCUCAUGAAAGAAAACGCCUUGCGUGACCAUCUUCUGAUGCGUGUCAAAUACUCGUAAGCGAGUAAUAGUAGUAUGUAUAUGUAUGUAUGUAUGUAUUUGACCACCAUUUGAAUUGUAUCAAGCGAUUUUAAAUCAGCGUCCAAUUGAGACGAGCGCAGCAUCCAAGUGUAUUUGAUUCAAGUACACUUGUUUUAGAACAAUGCAGUUGCGUUCAUACAGCCAAAAUAAAAUAAGUCUUAUUUUAACUUUUUAUUUUUUGUGAAAACGGCUUUACGUAUGGUUGCUAUAUGUCCAGGAUUUCCGGGAAAAUCCUGGAUUUAGGUAAGAUGUGCCCCCGGAUCCCGGAAAAUCAUUAGCGUUAGUAUCCAUAUGCGUGAAUCAAAUUAUAAAAUCAGAUGUUAUAAAGAUUACAAAGUAAAAAAUACACACUUAUGCUUAAUAUUAUUCCAUCACAUAAUAUUACUACAUCCACAUUUUUCAGAUUAAUUUUGUCCCUUUAUAUCUAAUUAUUUAUGUUAUUUUAGUAAUUACAUAUAUAAUUACAUUUCAAUAAGACGUGUUUUAACUGUGAUUUUUUUUAAAUUUAGUUUCCACUCCCUAUUCCCGCAAAUGUAGAAUAGAAAGGGAGUGGUGAUGGGGGUUCAUUUUUUUAGAGCGUCACCGCUUUUUAUUUGCCCUCCCCAAAUUUAGCUAUAACAAUCUGGCAACUAUUCGCGCAUAAUUCAGUGUUUCUUAAUUAUAAUUUUACAUAACUAUAAAUUUAUAUCACGUCUCGAAUAAAUAAGUGUACUAUAAAACAGCCGUAAAUCUCGCAUUAUCGUUCUGGACAAAGCAAAUAUAUGUUCCUUAAUUUAUUUUAUUUGGUUGUUUGAAGGCUCAUGAAUAUGACUACCUCAUUUGUUAUUUUAUUUUAAUUUUAUUUCAACCCACCAACAGACUAAUGUCAUGUAAACAUUGAUCGAGAUAAAAUCUGUCCAAAGAUUUCGAUAGACGACUUCCAAAAAAUAACAAAGAAUGCAAUUUUGCUGCUAAUUAAAAUGAUAGGAUAACUGUCAGUUAUCCUGUCGUUGGAUAGACUAUACGUAUAUAGUCUAUCCAACGCAGCGCUAUGAUCUCGGAUAUGAUGACCGCGAAACUAAACUAAGAUUUGAAUCUUUGUCCGUAUGUUUUCGUUUAUAAUCGCUUAAGUGACCGCUGCUGAAUUUAAGAGUAUAGGAUCCGAUUUAUACAAAUCUUAUCUUCGCUUGGCUUAGCUUAGUUUCGUUCGCAGUGGCCGCCCGCCUUAAGUCGUAUAUUUUGUUAUCUUCGUUCGAGUCACUAAAGAAGUAAAACUAAUGGUUAGAAGGAUAAACUCCACUGAUUUUAGGUUUAUAAUUCUUGAGCAAAUAAGAAAGAGUUAAUGACUUACACUUACGCCUUGCGCCAAAGUUGUAAUAUAAACAAUACUUAAUGGUUAUUUAUUCUGACUUAUUAUUUACAGAUACUAUACUUGAAUCAAAGAGUAAUAAUAAAUUUGGAGUCUAAAAAUUAGCAAAUAUUUUUGAGGGCAAUGGCCCAGACGGGUGACCGUCUGGAAACUCUGUCGUGCUGUUGUCCCAUGGCAAUAGUGUAAAAAUCUAUUGACACACACUGCUCAUUCACGCCUGUUUGAGGCCGGAUGAGAUCGGAUAUCUCGUGAGUAAGAGUCGAUUUAGACACUCGCCAAGUCUGUAGGCCAUUGACCAUGAUAUGUCUGAGGACCGCGGUUCGGAUUCCACGUAAACAAAGUAGGCCCCGUCCAGAUUAGAAAGCGUAACACCACAAUCAAAUAAAAUGAAAAAUUAUAAUAUAUAAUAACUGUUACUUUAUUUUGGCUGUCUGGAUGGAUAUAGGGCGUUCCAUAUAACCAACUCUCUUACUUUAUUUUAUUUCGAUAUUUGAAACUACGUGUGUACCAAAUUGUUUUAAUAUGCACAAAAAA